AUGAAUGCAAAUUUUAAAAGAGAUGAAUGCGUAAAAAGCGGACUGAUAAAUAAUCGAGAUGGAACAGCAGAUUGGCAACAUAUAGAUAAUAAAAAGGCACCAUUAGCAAGCGGUGAAUUAGAUGAAGCGAAGGAUGAAGCACGAAAAAAUGAUAAUCAAUUUUUGGAGCUAUCAUCAUCAUCACAACAACAACAACAACAACAGCAACAACAACAACCAGAACGACAACAGCAGCAGCAACAACAACAACUACUACAGCAGCAGCAACGACAACAACAACAACAACAACAACAACCAGAACAGCAAGUGAAUGACAAUUUGAAAGAAACGAAAAGUGACGAUGAUAUUCAUCUGAAUGAUAACCAGUCAAUUACAGGAAGAUCAUUUGGUGUGGUAUACCUUGAAUUUAACGAUGAAGUUAAACGUGCCCUUUUACCGCCAUCCGUUCGUAGCAUUGACACCAUUCGAGCGCUAUUUUUACGAUCCUUCCCACAGCUAACAUCACAAUACCUUAGCUUACCUUAUGUGAAGAUUUAUAUUCAAGAACCGUCAAAAGGGCAACUCUUUUACGAGCUUGAUGAUCUCAGAGAUAUCAAAGAUCAAGCUGUACUAAAAUUACGUGAACAACUAAAUGGAUACCAAACAACACAAUCGAACCGUUUUGUCAGUAAUCACUCAUCAUUUGAUUAUUUGAGUGAAUCAGAAAUUGACCUAAUGGAUUAUCGGAAUCGUGUGCCAACACAUCGUUAUCGACCGGCAAGUGCAUUGGAUAGUCGAAUGCUUUCUGCUACGGGUACUAUCAAAUCAACCAGAUCUCCGAUAUCACCACGUUAUGAUCCUUACUGUGAUCCAUAUGCCAGUGAUACAAGUAGUCAAGAACGUUCUGGAUCAGUUACACCAGUAAUCGAUAAAGAAGCAAGGUUCCGCAUGGAAUCGAUGGAACGUCAACUAGCAGGUUUAUCUUCUUUGGUCCACUCGGCAUUGAUAAGCAAAGGAAUGAGCGAAACGAGCCAACGAGAUAUGCAAGAAUUACGAAAACAAAUUUUAGCACUUCAUCCAGAUGGUAAUUCUACAUGUAACUCAAAAAGAAGUGCGGAUGCGAAUGUUUUGGACACAAUCUUAGAUGAACUUACAAAUACGGUACAACGUGAUAUGCGUUCUAAAUCAAAAUCACCCAGUUCAGCAAUAUCAUUUUUAAACGUCCGGAAUGGUCCACCAAAACCACCGGAACGUCAUUCAACAACCGAUGUUCGAAAUCGUUUUACAUCAUGUGAAAUCCAAGAAAUGCAACGUCGAGCAAUUGAAAGUGUUUCACCUUCUUCAGGAAAUCGACUGCCAGUGUCGAUCGAACUAGAUGGACGUCAAGAAAAAUUAAUUCAAAAGCAGCGACAACUGCACAGUCAAUUUGAACAACUACAACAGCUGUGUGCACCUUCUAAUGUUAUUUAAUAAAC